AUGGCCAAUUCAUAUGAAGAUUUUAAAAGCAUAAGGGAAGCACUGAAUGCAACAGACAUGAGAUUUGAUCAGAACAUUCUUGUAGCUCUUCCUGAUAUUCGAUGGAAUAAGAACCAAAAUCUAGGAUUUUGUGGGAACAAUUUUUAUUAUAAUAAAAAUAAGAUAAACAAGAUUUACAGAAAUCAAAAGAUGAAUUGUGUUUGGAAUGAAAGGCAAUCUAUGCAAUUUGUAAGUCCUCCUUACCCAGUUGAAGCCCGAAAUCUUAUGGGUGAAGCGUUUAUAGUUGGUAAAUGUAAUUCCUCCACCGAAGGAUUCACUAUGUCUGACGGAGAUACUUCACCACCAGGUUUAUUGGAUAAUCUUCUCGACUUUCUGGCGCUGCGUUUGAAUGCUACGUUACAAACUCGUUACUACGGUAAACUAGGCUACCGGACCUAUGAAGGUGUUUGGACUGGGCUACUAGGAGCUCUAACAGAGCACUCUGUGGACAUAGCCCUGGAACCAGUGACUGCGAUGCCCUCACAUCAAACUGAUUUUGAUUUCAUAUUUCCUAUCUCGAAAACAAUGUAUAAUAUUUAUAUUCGUCAUCAAGAAACAUCUGCCAUCCGUGAUAUCUUUCUGGCUCCAUUCAAUCCUAAGCUGAUAGCUUGUGUGGUUUGUUUGGCAUUGAUUGCUUCUAUCACAAUAUUUAUAAUAAGCAACAUGACGUUUCAUGAUGGCUGCAGACGUAUAAGUUGUAUUGAUGCUGUGAUUUGGUCAAUGGGUAUACUCUGUCAACAAGGUAGUUGUUGGAAACCAUCUAAUCCGGCGGCAAGCGUCUUGUUAAUUGUAUAUUUAUUAUUCGCGUUGGUAACAUAUAAUGCAUACGCUGCUUUUAUAACUUCCGUGCUAUCGGUACGCGUCGCUAACGUAGGUUCGCUCGGCGAUGUAUUGCAAUCGCCUAACAUAAAAAUCGGAUACGUGAGAAAUGGAGCGGAUCAAAUGUACUUGAUGUCAACAAAAGAUGUACAGCUAAAUGCAUUCUAUAUUCGUGGUUACUCUGAAGCUGAGAAUUUGGUGUCAUCGACUGAAGAAGGUUUGAUUCGUGCUGCCAUGCAAGACUACGCAUUUUUUUCUGGACAGCGAGCGGCUCGUACAACAAUUAGGUCUUUAAGCCAGGCACGCGGUCGUUGUGCACUUCGCGAGCUGCCGGUGUUAUCAACGCGCGCGCAAGUCUCUUUUCCUCUUCCUAGCCGUUCGCCAUAUGCAAGGCCUGUGCUUAUUAGUUUGUUACAAUUACGAAGUGGAGGUAUAUUGCCACGGCUAGAGUCCGUCCUAGUACCUAGCAUGCCUCAGUGUAAGCCGUCGUCAGGUUUUGCAUCCGCUCGUGCUGCAGAUGUCAAGUCCGCGCUAUUUGUGAUAAUAACAGGAUACAUUGCCGCGGUACUAAUAGGUAAGGUGUUUAAUUUAAUUAUGUACGGAUUCUACUAA